UGAAAUUUAAUCAAAUGUUCAUGCACUAUAUAAUCCCAUGCCUUUAAUUCACCAUUGUGAGCUGUAGUAAAUGAUAAAGGAACUACUUCCUUCGAUUGUUUCGUCUUGAAAAAAAAGUGGACGUUUUAUUGGGCGACAAUGGUUUACCGGCGAUGAAGCAGAUACUGGACAAUCCGGUGGAGAAAAAGCGCCAACUUCUGGUGCAGCGUCGAUUAAAAUGGGUUUAUAUCCAAAACAACCGUAAAAUGCAUUCGGGACUGGUUUAUUAAGGUAUUGUUGCAGAUAUUUGAAAUUCAAUUACUUAAAGUGGCGUUUGGAAAAGCAAACUCCCAGCGUCUCCUUAUGCAGCACGGUUCUGAGUGACCCACUUGGUGUCGGCGAUGUUCAGCGUUAGUCACUGCAAAAACACAACAACAACAACAACAACAAUUGACAAUGGAAACUACCAGUACGUUAGCGUUCCAAGUUGCAACAGUCGACUUUAUUUGAUACGGGAUCGUUGCACCGUAUUCGCAGGGUAGUUGACACACACGUAUGCCAAGGGCACUUUGCAACUCUUUGAAGUGACACAUUGAAACGUGAAGAUGCCUGGUCUGCAGAAUGAACAUGUGGGGAGCCCCAUCAAGAGGAGCAAACUGUCUCUGAAGUUCUUGCAGAAGACGGAAACCAAACGAGCCUUGGAUUUCUCGGAACCUCAAGCAGAUGAUGCCAACAGCUGCGAUCAGGUGGUGCCGGCUCCAUCUCUGCUACCGAGCUCGCCCGAUGACCUCCCGCUGUCAUGUCAGAGGCUAGAGGACACCUUGCCAUUUGUGGGGCUCCUCAAUGAGGGCAACACCUGUUAUCUGAACAGCAUCUUGCAGGUCCUCUAUCACUGUCCAGGCCUGAAAGAGGGAAUCAAGUCCUUAUACAAGUUGUCCACAAAGAAUGCUACAUCCGCUGAAGAAACCAAACAACGUGAAGAGCCAGCAGGGAAUGUAUCUGCACACAUGGAGCUCCUGGAGAGCUUCCACAGUCUGAUAGGUUCCGUGGAGCAGCUGCAGUCCAACUUUCUGCUCAGCGCCGACAGCUUCAAUGAGCUCAACACGUCACCCUUUAAAGUACUGAACACGCUCAGGCAACUGAAUCCCAUGUAUGAAGGCUAUCUUCAACAUGAUGCCCAAGAGGUUCUGCAGUGCAUCCUGGAAUACAUCCAGGAGGCCUGCAACACCAUCAGGAAGGAACACAAAGCCACCCAAGUGGAACUUGGAAGCAGUUCCAUGGCCCAAUCACAAAAAGGCCAAGAUGAGGAUGCUCAAGUGAGUGGAAAAAGGAAAAGGGACGCAGAGAUGGGCAACGCCAAAAAGAAGCCCAAGUCGAGGAAAUCUGGAGCGGAGGUCGAGCGCUUGUUCAGCACCCCCGUCACCCGCUCCAAAAGUAAGCUGCUAUCCCAUGACAACCCCAUGGGCAAAGCUGGAGAGAAAGAGGAGACGAAGGAAGGGAAAGGGAAAGAGAAAGGAGGAGGCAGUGGGGAUGAGAAAUCAUUCCAAGAGGCCGACGGGAAAAAGAAGACGCGCCGUAAAACGGGCUGGCGGAGGCCUGCUGAGAAACAGCCCAGCAUCAUGUCCAUGUUCCGUACCGUCGGAAAACUCGCUUCCACGUUCGCCAAAAUCUCAACCAAAACGGAGAAUGACGACGACGAAGUCCAACCCAAGGAUGAGAAGAAGUACGAGGGGGUCAUGCUUCCAAAUGAGAACCAGGUCCACAAGACGCCGGCUCAUCAAGAUGCUUCUGCAGACGGUCUAGACCUGAUGGAGCGCUUGUUCCACGGCCAGCUGGUUCUACGGACUCGCUGUCUGGAGUGCGAGAGCUUCACUGAGAGGCGAGAAGACUUCCAGGACAUCAGUGUCCCCGUGCUGGAAGAGCAGCCCGGCAGCCCUGACCAUCUCUCUUCGGUUUCUCCAUACCCCAAACCAGAAGAGAAGACCCUAAAGUGGGCCAUUGGGCAGUUUGCCUCGGUGGAGCGCAUCGCCGGAGAGGACAAAUACUUCUGUGACACGUGUCGCCAUUACGCAGAGGCCGAGAGGAGUCUUCUCUUUGACAAAACUCCCCAAGUGGUCACCAUUCACUUGAAGCGCUUCUCCGCCAGCGCUUUGGAAAUGGACCCGUACGGCUGUCCCUCCAAGGUGACCACGCCCUUGCAGACGCCCUUGACCUUGUCUCUGGAAGAGUGGUGCACGCCGCGCUCCUCCAGCGGAGGCCACUCCUACCAGCUCUUUGCCGUGGUCAUGCACAGCGGCGUGUCCAUCGGCAGCGGCCACUACACCGCUUACGUCCAUAUGAGCGACCUGAAAGAGGCCAAGGUCUGGCUGCGCCAAAGCCAGCAGCUGCCCCAGACCAAAGAAGCGUGGGACGACAGCGACGGCGCCGUCGGGCCGCCCUCCAGCUCCGCUUGCGGCAAAGCGGAAAGGAAGAAGGCGGCUCCCCCCGAGUGCGGGCUCGGACUCUUGGGAGGUCAGCGCAGUCGCACCGGCGGCGUCCAGCAAGAAGAGAGAGCAACUGACGGCGACGAACCCGAGCAGAGAAAAACUCCAAAACCAAAUGCUGAAGUCCAGCUUGAGGCUGGGGAGAAGAGCGCAACAACAUCCAGUGAGGAAGAGCAAGAGCAGGCUUUAAACAAUCUCCUUCAGUACGAAGGCAAAUGGCUACUGUUUGACGAUUCCGAAGUGAGUUUGUUUGAGGAAAAAGAUGUUCUCAGAGCCUGCUGCCUUCAGACCUGCUCCUCUUCAACACCCUACUUGCUCUUUUACAAGAGGGUCGUCGAGUCGGCGGCACAUUGACGACAGCACCGUGCGUCCGUCCGUCCGUCUUCUACCCCUUUUGUGCAUAUUCUCUGAUAAUAAACUGAACUUUGUGGA